ACGACCGAGUCCCUCUCUUCCGCGACCGGUUCAACGACAACAAUUCUCCUGCAUUCAUUCGUUCGAGAUCUCCAUAAUUGCCUGCUUCUUCAACAUCUCACUGAUAGCGCACAACCACAACGACACGCACGCCGCUCCGGCAACUCCUAUACAAUGGGCGCCCUUCUUUCAUUACCGCUGAUGGCGGUGCCGAGCUUAGGCACAAUCCUAUCAUUCGGUGCCACCUGUUGUGGUGCGGCAACUUGCUCGAUGGUCUGCUCAGCAUGCGGGAAAUGCGGUAACAGCGUGGCGACCCGUAUCGGAUACGCACUCAUCUUGCUAGUCAACUCGAUAUUGGCCUGGAUAAUGGAAACACCAUGGGCGAUCGAGAAGCUUCAACACCUCAUGCUCGACUAUGUCAAGAUCAAUUGCCCAACGGGGCAGUGUUACGGGUGGCUGGCUGUCCAUCGCAUCAACUUCGCCCUCGGUCUCUUCCACAUCGUCUUUGCCGGCCUCCUCUUCGGUGUCACCUCGUCCAAGCAGCCCCGCGCUGCUAUACAGAACGGCUACUGGGGCCCCAAGGUCAUUGCAUGGCUGUCCCUCAUCGUCUUGUCCUUCUUGAUUCCGGAUGAAUUCUUCCUCUUCUGGGGCAAAUACUUCUCUCUCGUCUUCGCCAUGAUGUUCCUCAUCCUGGGUCUUGUCCUGCUGGUUGAUCUGGCACACAGCUGGGCUGAGUACUGUCUCCAACAAAUAGAGGAGACGGAAUCCAAGGCCUGGCAGGUCAUCCUGAUCGUCUCCACGGUGGGCAUGUACAUUGGAUCGCUGGCCAUGACCAUCAUCCAGUACGUCUUCUUUGCUGGGUCAGGGUGCUCGUCUAACCAAGCCGCCAUCACCAUCAACCUAAUUCUCUGGAUCCUCGUCUCCUUUGUUUCGGUACACCCUGUGAUCCAGGAGCAUAACCCCAAGGCCGGACUGGCCCAGGCCGCUAUGGUGGCAAUUUACUGCACCUAUCUCACCAUGUCGGCAGUGUCAAUGAAGCCGGAUGACACGGACGACAAACACUGCAACCCCCUGAUACUGGCGCAGGGAACACGCACAACAUCGGUCGUCAUCGGCGCCAUCGUCACGAUGCUUACGGUCGCAUGGACGACGACUCGUGCGGCAACGCAGACGCUUGGCAUGGGCGGCGGUGGCGGGGCUAUUCGCUUACCGGAUGAUGAAGACCACCAUGACCUGGUGACAACGCAACCGGGGCGUCGUGAAAUGCGCGCCGAGGCACUUCGUCGUGCAGUGGAAGAAGGCAGUCUUCCUGCGGAUGCAUUGCUGUCUGACGAUGAAGAUGAUGAGUCGCCAAACAAGACGCAUGACGACGAACGCAACUCGACACAAUACAGCUAUACGAUGUUCCACAUCAUCUUUUUUCUGGCCACAGCAUGGGUUGCAACGCUGCUCACCAUGAACUACGACGAUUCCAUCAAGGACGGCGACUUUGCCACGGUGGGACGGACCAACUGGGCCUCAUGGGUUAAGAUUGUUAGCGCCUGGGUGUGCUACGGCCUCUACAUUUGGACACUCAUCGCUCCUGUGUUGCUUCCUGAGCGCUUCUGACCGAGUCACCUGCGCUAUCGCUACUCGUAAUCCAUGGGCUCUGUUUUAUUUUGUUUUAUUUUGUUUUGAAAGUGGUUUAUUGUCAAGCGCUUGUAUAGCACUUUUUAUGUGCACAAAUUCUUUGUUGAUCUGCAUAUGUAACCACUACUGAGUUGAUACACUUGAGUUCGGAUUCGGUUCUCACUGUCUUUGAAGCAAGUCUUGACGCACUACAUGACCUAGAAAUAAUACCGGUUAUAACAUUUGUUAAUUUGACCAUCUUAUUCCCCAA